AGGCCCCAGCUCAGUGGAGUACAACGACAGAGUAGGUGAACAUCAGGCAGGAGUUCGCGUUGGGGUAAUUUUUUCCAUCUUUAACAUCCAUCGUUCGGCCACCGUCUUAACAACUUAAUGGCGGAACAAGUUGGCGGAGAGAGGAGGACGGAGCGGCAAAAGUCCGUCACUCAAAAGCCGGUCAUAUCUGUCAAAGUGACUGGAGUUGUAAAAUGGUUCAACGUAAAGAGCGGCUAUGGGUUCAUCAAUCGUAACGACACAAAAGAAGAUAUUUUUGUCCAUCAAUCUGCUAUAAUCAAGAAUAAUCCGAAAAAAGUGGUUCGCAGCGUCGGUGAUGGAGAAAUAGUGGAGUUUGAUGUGGUCGAGGGAGAAAAGGGCCAUGAAGCAGCUAAUGUAACUGGACCGGAAGGCGAACCUGUCAAGGGAUCGCCGUACGCUGCCGAAAGGAGGAGAAACCCCUACCGUCAGUGGUUCUACAGAGGACGUCCUAAUACCCGUCCGAGAAACGACAGACCUAGAGACGACAGUGCCAGCGGUGAAAAAGAAGAAGGAGAAAACGAAGGAGGAGAACAACCUAGACGCGGCUAUCGACAACCGCGUCAACAAAAUUGGUAUAACAGCUAUCGUGGAAACCGAAGAGGAGGUCCGCCAAAUAGAGGAGAAGGCGGGGGUGAUUACAACGGAGGUGAAAACUACGGUUAUGAUAACUCGCCACCGGGUAGAGGAAGAGGCCGUGGUAUGGGUGCACCCAGACGCUAUUUCCGUAGAGGAGGUGGUUUUAGAGGAGGUCGUGGCGGUCCUGGCGGUCCUCGUCGACCAUACCAAGAUGAAAAUAAUCAGGAUAACAAUGAGUAUAAUCAGAAUGAUGAUAAUGGCGCCAACAGACCACGUCCGCGUUAUCGUCGUCGCAACAACAGAUCACGAGCAAGAAGUGAUGGACCACCAAGAGGAAACAGUCCGAGUGACAAUGAAUCCAAACAAAAAAAUUUUGGAGGUGAACCAUUGGAACUUCAAGACCACAGCACAGCCUAACAUCUGAAUAAUUUGCGAACAGUAUAUUUUUUUUUCAUAGAAUCUUGUUUUAAUUUUCUCUUACGCAUUUUGUGUUUUUCAUGUAAAUCUAAUCUCGGACGUUUUAUUUGUUCCAUUCGCCACGACUUAAGGAGUUCUACAAUAAUCAAUUUGAUUAAUUUGAUUGCCUCUACAUCUUCUGUAUAUAUAUAUAUAUAUCUGUAUUUUCAAUCCGACCAACAACUUAUUCGGGUUGUCAAUUUAUUAUCUUGCUUGAUCUUGAAUCUGUGAAUCGUACAUCUUUAAAAAGUAUUUUGCAUGAUAAUUUUUCCUCUUUUUUUUUUUUUUAUAAUCAUCACAAUUUUUUUUUUUAUGAAACGUGUUGAAUUACAACUGAUGAUAAUAUCGAGUUAAUAAAAUUUAGACGAGCAAUUUGUGUGCAUGAGUUAAACAAAAUAUAUAUUAUAUUUUGUAUAAA